UUGCAGGAGGAGAGAGGAAUUAAAUACAGAUGACAUUACAGAUAAUGUAAUAUCUAUCAGCUAUCAUUCUCAACACAUGGCAUUUGAACACUUGAAGAAGGGAAGCUCAACAAUACACUUCUUACACAAUUACACAAUUUUCUUGAUGUCUUCCAGAAUGUUUCGGCAUUUCUCUCUCAUCUCCCUGCUUAUGAUUCCUGGGGUUUGUGGCCGGGCUUGGAGCGUGGAAUAUUCAGUCCCUGAGGAAUGUGCUAUGAAGGGAUCAACGAUAUAUUUAUCAGGCAGAUUUAAAUAUCCUAAUAAUCUUACCGUGACAGAGACAUUUUGGACCAUAACUCCAUAUGGGUACAAGAAAUACACCAAUCUGUCUGAUGAGCCGCAUUACAAAGGCAGGGUGAAGUAUUCACUACAAAAGCAAAACUUCUAUCUCAAACUAAGUGAUGUGUCCGAUAUGGAUCAAAAAAUAUACUACUUCGGAAUCAUGACAAAUGAUGUCAAUCAAAACCGCCUGUUUUAUCCUGGCAUCAAGCUAAAUGUGAACGUGCUCAGUGUGGUGAUUUUUGGUGAAGUCAUAGAGGGAAAUCAAGCUAACUUAUUUUGUAAGACCACCUGCAACCUCAGACACAAUCCAAAAAUUGUCUGGUACAAUAACAGCAUACCUUUCUCCGAAUCUGUCAGUACAAAUGAACUCUUGCUGCAGUCAGUCGGCAGUGAUGAUACAGGACGAUACAGCUGUGCAGUGACACAAUAUGAACAUCUCCCAUCUCCUGCUGUCACUCUCAAUGUCAGAUAUCCACCAAAGAAAACAUCCAUAUCCGUUCAUCCAUCUACUAAAAUAGUGAAGGGCAGUUCAGUGACUCUGAGGUGCAGCUGUGAUUCAAACCCACCUGCUUGGACCUACCACUGGUUUAAGGAGAAUGAAGCAUCAUCUGUUGGAUCUGGACAGAGUUACCACAUCUCCAGCUUUAAUUCCAGUCACGGUGGACGGUUUUACUGUGUGGCUGAGAAUUAUUAUGGUUUUCAGAGAUCAGCUGCUGUUACAUUCACCAUUAAAGUGAAGCGCCAGGCUUUACAUUUAGGAGUUAUUUCAGCUGCUGUCAUGCUGUCUGUGGUUUUGAUUGUGCUGUUUAAAAACAGGAAACCGGUUUCUCCAUCAGAAGAGCAAAACAACAGAGGAUUACAGCACAAUGGAGAGAUCGAGUCUCCUGAGGGAGACUACUUGACCCUUGACCCCACGUCCAGAUGUGCUGAUUACGACACACUGGGUAAUAUGAACAGAUCCUCCAGUAACACAAAUGACCCAGAAGAUCAGGAUCCAACAUAUUAUAACACUGACAUUUAAAUGUUGUGGUGCAGUCGGAUGGUACACAUGAACAAGAAUCAUCAAUAUGAGAGAUGUAACUAUAUGUGAAAUGUCUCUCGUAACUUAAAAGAUCUGUGGUAGAAUUAAAGAUGCAUGUAAUUACAUUGACCUGCCUGUAGAUGUGGUGUCAGGCUGUUGAGAGCUGAAUCCUGUGAAGCUGCUGUCCGAGGUGCUGAUUAUACACUGUUUGCCUUUAGGUGCUUGAUCUGACCCUUAAAAUGUUGAUCAAUUUUAAAUCUGUUCAUUUAUGUUACUUUAUGUUAUGUUUUGGGGUGGCUGUGGCUCAGGUGGCAGAGCGGGUCGGCCACUAAUCACAGGGUUGGUGGUUCAAAUCCCGGCCCACACGACUCCACAUGCCAUUUGAUACAAUGUAUUUAUUAUGUACAUACAUGUUAUUGCAUUGUAAUUACAUUUAAAGUACUUGCAUUUACUUACAUAGUAGUUAAGGCCAACUAAUAUAAAUAUAAAGUUUUCUAUGGGGGGGAAACACUUAAUGUAAAACUUUUCUCAUUGUGUUUAUAUUCUGGGCACAUCAGUUUGCCUGUAGAUAGUAUUCAUUGUUAAUAAGGUGCAAACUGAAUUUGGUCUUCCAAUGCCUCUGUUUUAGUACAUUAAGCCACGCUGAGUGUUUUUAGUAUUGUUAUUUUUUAUAAUGGGUUUCAAUGGGGGAAAGUGCUUAACGUAAAUCUCUGCAUGUGAUAUUUAUAUAGUUUGUCCAUCUACUUGCCUGUAUAUCUAUUCUCAAUAAGGUGCACACUAAUUUUGGCCUUUCAAGGCCACUGUAUUAGGACAUUAAGCCGCAUGAAGGUUUUUUCACGAAUAGUUUUCUAUACAAUGCUUAAUGUAAAAUAUUGUCUUUAACUUUUGAUUAAUAUGUCAUGGUUUUGGCAGUCUUUAUGACAAGGGCGAUGUAAGAGAAAUGUGCUUCUUCCUGGGGGUUUAUUUUUUUAAAGCCACGUUUAGAAGGUCCCAGGAAAAAAAUCAUAAAGUCAAUUUCCCACUUUUCUGGCACUGCUGAAGCAUCUAAUAUAUUAAUGCUUUUAUGUUGCUUCCAAAAUAAUAAUACAAAUGUCACAACAACUUUUAACCCUUGUGCAACUUUCAGGACAUUUUUGUUUUUAGUUUAGUUAAUGCCAACGGUAUAAAUUUUGCCAAAGGUGUGUAUUUUUUAGGGAAUUUAGCUAUUUCAACCUCAGUUCCUAUAAUACAUCUAUAAUACACACAAUAGUUACACUCAAGACCUUCAGGACACAAAUGUCCCCAUUGAAACCCAUUAAAACUGCAAUAUUUGAUCCCAGUGCCAUUAAAGCAUAAAAUCAUGAAUUAUAUGAUAUUUCGCUUUCAUUCCGGAGCCCUGACUUCAAAAUUUACAUUUAUAAUAGUUUCCACCAGAUGGCGCCAUUUUUCUCAUGUUUAUCCUAUGGAGCAAAUACAAGCUUUUCCCCUAUUCACUGUUUGCUGUAUUAUAGAGACCUGCAGGACAACUGAAUACAUGAUGCAGAUAAAAGUGUGUGUCUGUGUGUGUGUAUUCUCUGUUUGCUGUAUUAUAGAGACCUGCA